GAGAGAGGCAAUCGCCUUGAGUAUCUCAACAUGCUCCUCCAGUCAAAACUCAAAAGACCGCACAAAAAAAUCUUGCCAUCAAGUCGAAACACCACACAAACUCAACGAAAAAAACCAACUUAUAAUCCUUGAAACUCACCCAACCCCCUCUCACUCUAAAAAUGACAGAGAAACUAUCUCUGCCUCUUCUCCUCUCAAACCCACCUCCAACAAAACCCUCACUCCCUAUCCAAACUCACCUCCACCAUCAACAGCUAAAACCAACAACGCCCACUUCACCACCAUCUCAGCAUGGCACACCGCUUAUGCAGGGCUUCCUUUUUAAGCAAAGCUCUGAUCCUUCCAAACCCAUCACCUCACAAACCCAACCUGACCCAUUUCCCAUCCCAAGAGCCCGAACCCGAAUUGGCAAGGCCCGUGACAGCAACCGUGGCAAACCCUGGACCCACCAUCGCCUCUCCCUUCAAGGUCAGCGAGUUCUAGAUUCCUUAAAUGACCCAUCUUUUGAAAGCAGUGAAUUAGAUAAGAUCUUGAGUCUUUUACUUGAUUACCAUAAAGAAGAGUUGAGUUUAAGUAGCGGUGGCAAGGAGGGGUUAAGUAAUGAUGUUUUGGGUGUUAUUAAGGGUUUAGGGUUUUAUAAAAAACGUGACCUGGCUAUGAGUGUGUUUGUGUGGUUUAAGAAUAGGAAUGAUUGUGGAUCUGUUUUGAGUAAUUCAGCUGUGGCUGUGAUUAUUAGCAUGCUUGGUAAAGAAGGAAAAGUUUCAGUGGCAGCGUCUUUGUUGAAUGAUUUGCAUAAAGAUGGGUUUGGACUUGAUGUUUAUGCUUAUACAUCUUUAAUCACUGCUUGUGUUAGUAAUGGAAGGUAUAGGGAAGCUGUGAUGGUGUUUAAGAAGAUGGAGGAAGAAGGGUGCAAACCAACUUUGAUUACUUAUAAUGUGAUUUUGAAUGUGUACGGGAAAAUGGGCAUGCCUUGGAAUAAGAUUAAAGGUCUGUUUGAGGGAAUGAAGAAUGCUGGAGUUUUGCCAGAUGAGUAUACAUAUAAUACGCUUAUAACUUGUUGUAGACGAGGAUCUUUGCAUGAAGAAGCUGCUGCGGUUUUCAAGGAUAUGAAAUCGAUGGGUUUUGUGCCUGACAAGGUCACUUAUAAUGCGUUAUUGGAUGUUUAUGGGAAGUCAAGGCGGACUAAGGAGGCCAUGGAGGUAUUAAGAGAAAUGGAGGUUAAUGGAUGUUCACCAAGCAUUGUGACUUACAAUUCCUUGAUAUCUGCCUAUGCAAGAGAUGGUCUGUUGAAAGAAGCAGUGGAGCUUAAAAACCAGAUGGUUGACGGUGGGAUUAACCUGGAUGUUUUUACUUACACUACACUUUUGUCGGGAUUUGUGAGGGCUGGUAAGGACGAGUCUGCAAUGAGGGUUUUUGCUGAAAUGAGAGCAGCAGGUUGCAAACCUAAUAUUUGUACUUUCAAUGCCUUGAUUAAGAUGCAUGGUAACAGGGGAAAGUUUGCAGAAAUGAUGAAGGUUUUUGAGGAGAUCAAAAAUUCCUGUUGCGUACCGGAUAUUGUUACUUGGAAUACCCUUUUAGCAGUGUUUGGGCAAAAUGGGAUGGACUCAGAAGUGUCUGGAGUUUUCAAGGAGAUGAAGAGGGCUGGCUUUGUACCUGAGAGGGACACUUACAACACCCUAAUCAGCGCGUACAGCCGGUGUGGAUCAUUUGACCAAGCCAUGGAUAUAUACAAGAGAAUGCUGGAAGCUGGGAUUACACCUGAUCUUUCCACCUAUAAUGCUGUUUUGGCAGCAUUAGCUCGAGGAGGGCUCUGGGAACAGUCAGAGAAAAUACUCGCUGAAAUGAAAGAUGGUCGGUGCAAGCCCAAUGAGCUGACAUACUGUUCUUUGCUUCAUGCUUAUGCCAAUGGCAAGGAGAUUGGGCGGAUGCUUGCUCUUGCGGAGGAGAUAUGCUCUGGUGUAAUUGAACCCAAUGCCGUACUCUUGAAGACCCUUGUUUUAGUUAAUAGUAAAUGUGACCUACUGGUAGAAGCUGAGGUUGCAUUCCUGGAGUUGAAGAGAAAAGGUUUUUCACCUGACUUGAGUACUCUGAAUGCCAUGAUUUCUAUAUAUGGCAGGAGGCAGAUGUUUACCAAAACAAAUGAGAUCUUGAACUUCAUGAAUGAGAGUGGAUUCACUCCUAGCUUGGCAACUUACAAUAGUUUGAUGUAUAUGCACAGCCGAUCAGAGAAUUUUGAGAGAUCAGAAGAAGUUUUGAAAGAAAUCCUAGCAAAGGGAAUAAAACCAGAUAUAAUUUCUUACAACACCGUAAUUUUUGCAUAUUGUCGAAAUGGGAGGAUGAAAGAGGCUUCACGGAUAUUCUCAGAAAUGAGGGAAUCUGGGCUUGUUCCAGAUGUAAUCACUUAUAAUACUUUUGUUGCAAGUUAUGCAGCUGAUUCAAUGUUUGAGGACGCUAUUGAUGUUGUGCGAUACAUGAUCAAGCAUGGCUGUAAACCGAACCAAAAUACAUAUAACUCAGUUGUGGAUGGAUACUGUAAACAUAACCAUCGGGAUGAUGCAAUCAUGUUCAUAAGCAGUCUUCACGAGCUUGAUCCACAUAUUUCUAGGGAGGAAAAGUGCAGGUUAUCAGAACGUUUAACUAAGUGGUCAUAGGCAAUCCUCUUCUUAUUUGUCUCAUGUUUUGGUUAGGCAUGGAGAUAUGGUUGAUAUGGAUGAUCUUGUAAAAGCUUCCCAAUGUCUCUUGGAGGUUGAAGAUAUGCAAGUACUCAUGAACACAUCCAUUUGGAGGGCUGAGCAUGGAUCCGGACAAGACAUGAAAAGAAGGGGAAGGCGGAGUUACUGACUUCAAGGUUCUUGAGCAUCGAACUAUGUGGUAAAGAAAGAAGAGUGAACGGUCUGGCCAGGAGAGCUGCUAAUUGGCCAUUUAUUAGCUGAUGAUGCGUGAUUUCAGAAAGUUCUGGCUUCUGGGAUAUAUACUGAAAGUAGCUAGAUGUGUGUGCAGCGUGUAUAUAGCAGGUGUAACAAAAAGUAUAACUAUAUAUAAAUGCUGAAUUGAUGAAAAGCUAUGCCUACAGGUCACGAUGAUGUGGCGUUUAAAUUCCAUUUGUUGGUUUUGUGAAGCACAGUUAUCCUAAUUCAGAAACAUGAAUGCCAACAGUGUGUUUCAGUGGUCC